AUGAGCAGCCUUUUUCGACCUGCAUCAUCAUCAUUGCAAUACGAAGAAGGCUCUUCUCUCCAACAACAACAACAACAACGGGUGUUAGAUCACACUUCUUCAUCUUUACAAAUGAGUCAGUCACAUAACGAACAUGAUUUUCAUCAUCAUUUGAUGACCAAUAACACUACACUACAUCAUUCCUCUUAUCCAUUCCUAUCCGAAAACGAAAGAGUCAAAUUAAAAACAUGUUUAUUAAAUUUUCUUUCGGUGCAUCAAUAUGAAUUGGCACGAGCUCUGUUGAUUGAGUACUUUAAUAACGUUUCACAAUCAGAUACAUGGUUCUUAUUGAAUCACUGCAUUGUUAAUUUGAAACAUCCGAAGAAUUAUGUUACCUCUCGUUUCAAAUGGUUUUGCUAUUGUGUGUACACUGAAUUAUUACAAUCAAAAACCUGCACAAUUACGGAUCACAACAAGUACAACACAGAAAUUUUAUCAUUUGAAACUUUGCUAGAUUGUUGUGUCAAUACUUUUAAAUUAUCUGAAAAAUUUUCAUCCGAUAUUAUUUGUCAAAUGAAGAAUAUUUAUGCAUUCAGACUACUGUCAAGAAAAAAACAUAUGAAAGAUCAAAAUUAUAUCUCUACUCUCUCGUUACAUUACUCUACCAGUCCUAUGACACAACAAAUCGAGGAAUCAAUACUUGAUCUGUUAAGUGAAAUGUAUGACAAAUGUCCUCAUUUAGCAUCAUAUUUGGAAAAAGAUGUUUUUGAAUGCGUAAACAACAGAUAUACUUUGAUUGAUAAAAUCAACCAAGUACUCAGCAAUGAGGAAUUUGAAAAAGCUGCUUAUCUACUACGAUUUGUGCCAAGUGCUUGGUGUGAAGAUGUCACUGUUUCAAAGGUGCUAAAAACAAUUCUUACAGCGUUAAUAACGAAAAAGCAUUUAAAAUUGAGCUCUCGUUCUGAAUUAAUGCUAAUUGACCUCAUCUAUGAAUCACUAUUUUUUUGUGACACAGCACAUAACUAUUUGCCGUUGGAUUUUAAAAUGGUCAAGUAUUUUUGUCAGCUGGAAGAAGAAAUUCUCUCAGGACAAGAGGCAGUUGUUUCCAAACCUGUAAAUAAUCAAACAUUCUGGAUAAAUUAUAUUGAGUAUGUGCGUGUGACAAAUUGCCACGUUUUUGAAAGUAGGGUGAUCAAGGCAUUAGAUUUAAUUAGAAGCAAACAAUUUGACGAUCUGGCUGCCUUGUUGAACCAUGAGAAUUUCAAUAGGUUACGACCAUUAAUAUUGCUACUAAGCUGGGACGACCUGAAAUGCGACGUGCACAAUUUGAAAAUGGUCGUUGACAAACUUUGGAAAUCACAGCACGUUAGAACCUCUUAUACUCAUGAUCCAUGGAUUGAGUUUACAUGUAAUGAGCUUGCUUAUUUCAUUGAGUUAUCAACAAAUGCUUCUGAACUUAUUCUAGAAGCUAAUAGGUCAAUGAGCAGCAGUGAAAAGAAGCAAGCAAAAGAGUUGAUCAAGAUUGCAAAAUUUAAGAAAAUGGCAGACAAUGAUUUCAAAGGCUCAGACAAGAAGGAAAUAGCAAAUUUAAUCAUUGAGUAUAUUCCCAAGCACAGUUUGUUGUACCUACUGAUGCCAUGGAUUCCUGCAAUUCGAGAGAACGAUCUUAUAGAGCUGAUAAGAAAUCGCCCAACUCCAUCCGAUUUAGAAGAAUCAGAGAAAAUAACUGAUAUAAUACUCAUCAGAGCAUAUUUUGCUGUACAUGAAACUCUUUUAUUGGUGAGAAACAAAGUACCUUCUGUUGUGGAUUCACUGAAAAGUCUUGAGAACUCUAUUUUGAAUAUUCCCAUUCCAGCAUACCGAUUGAGCGUAUUGGAAACUGUAUUUCAAAUCCUCUUUGCCAAAAAUUCGAACACACAAAAACAGGUCACAUCAGUGGACACAAACGACCAAAGACUCAUAAUAUCACCAACCGUUUUGAAUAGUGUGCUGGUAUUUUUAAAGCAGAGAGCUGUAGAGAUUACUAAUGAAAAUUUUGAUACCAAUCUUGAAUAUCGAUUGAAAAGGUUUAACACUAUUUUAGAUGAAGGGCUAUGGAGAUUUAAUCUUGUCAAGCUAUUUGUGACAGAUAUAGAAAAGGCCUCGUCUCAGUCUCAAUUUGUACAGUUAUGGACUGCCUCUCCUUCAGUAUUGUUGGUUGUAGCUUUGAAGAAAAAUCUUUUUGUACAGGCAAAAGACAUCAUUUCAAGGUUCGGGUUGGGCUCAGAAUUUCUAACCAAAGUGACCAAUGCAGAGCUUGUGCAUGCUAUCCAUACUGAGCACGAUAAGGAGAUUCAUGUACAACAAGUAUUCGAACAACUGCCAAAUUUUGUGAUACUCUUUGAUCUAUUGUUUUCCCUACGAACGGAAAGCAAAGAGUGCUAUCAAUCUUUAAUCAAACAAUUAAGAACAUUGGAACGAAGGAGAACACCUUUGAUUGACAUGCUAAACGAAUAUUUGGAAUUUCCAUAUCAAGGCCCAAUUUAUAGAGUGUACAGCAAGAUUUUUAAUUUUCACAAUGAAAAGGAGUUAGAAAAACUCAAGCAAAAUAUUGAAAUUGAAAAAACACAGUCCUAUUCUCUUAAAGCGCUCUGCUUGUUAGAAAACAAAAGAUCAUUGGAGAAUAUUAACGUUCAAAGCUUAAUAGAUAAUUUGAAAAAUAGAAACGAACGAUACAGCUACAUCUCUUACGUACUGACAAAGAUAUUAGAAAAUCAUAAGAUUCUGUCUUCUAAAGAUGAGGAUACCGACCCAUUAGGAACAGCUUUCUUUCUUAGAAAGGGAUUAUCACGUGUACUCACAGAGCUGGUAUUUGAAACCGAAGAUUAUGUCACUGCCGAAAAAUUGUCAGAAGAAAAUAGAAUACAUUUGUUAGCGUUUAUUUUAGAAUCAGCGAACAUGAACAAGAAAAAGCAUCCCCUCAACAUUUCAUUGAAUUUAGCCAAGUUUAUUUCAUCCAAGUCGGAAAUUGUAGGAAGCUUGUCCGCUCUUUAUUUCACAGAUUUUUCAAGUGAGAAUCAAGAUGUCCUUGAAUUAAUUUCUGGUAAUUGUAAACGAUAUGAUAUAUUGAAUCGUUGGAUAGAUAAGAAGAUAGAGCCUAUCAAAGAUGCCUUUAUUUUCUCUAAACAAGUUGAUGUUCGAAAGGCGUUGAAGAAGUUCAACGCAACCGCCAUUGGUACAGAGAACGACGACUCUCUUUAUCUUGCAAUUAUUCAAAAUUUAAUUGAAAUUGAUGACUAUGAUCGUGCGCUUCAAUUGGCCGAAAAAGGAUUAAUCAACUGCACUCCUGACUUUUUGUUAAAACUUUAUAUUGAGUGUCAAAACGAUCAUGGAACUUGCCACACAUUGAUUUCUAGGAUUAAAGAUAAAGAGUUGGCUUUUUCCUUGAUUGAAGUCUACAUGGAGGAAUGGGAUAUUGAUACAUGCAUAGAAUUGAUAAAAAUGUGUACAAGCUACUUUAUUAAUGACAAGGCCAAGCUAAAACUCUAUGAGAAGUCAAGUAGAAUUCUUGAAAGACUUUAUAUAUUUAAACAAGUCAUGGGUUCAGAGCUGAAAGAAAAUUAUGAGUCAUGGGUUGAAAUGAAAGAAGUGUGUGAUAACAACCCCUACAGAUUUAUUUCAGAUCUCAUUACUGAGUGUGAAUUUGACUUGGCAAGACGUGCUUCCAAAAAUCUAUUAGAAGGGGUUUCGCAAAAAGCCAAUAGCUCAGGUGGUGAAACCUAUGAAUCAGUGAUCAUUCAUAUUGAACAAGAAUAUUGUCUAUACUUGCUACAGGUCAAUUCCAUCAAUGACAAGAUACGAACAAAGAUCAUGCAAGCUUUAUCAAGAUUGAGUCCAGAAAAUGCUCUCUCGGUUUGCAAACAUGUGCUCUUAAGAUUGGAUAUUUAUGAGAAUAAGAUGUUUAUAUGUGAAUUUAUUCUUAGCUCUUUUAAAGAGUUGCUUACACCAGAACAAAUACGCUCAUUUGAAGCAACUUUGAUAGGCAUGAAGGUAAUUCGAUUACUGGAUGAUGACUACAAGAAGAAAUUGGGACAUUUACUAUUGAAACCAUCACUGAUCGUGGAAAAUUUGAUCAUUUACAACGAAAUUGGAAGAGUUGUAAAGAUAUUAACUGAAAUUCCAGAACUUAGAGAUGAUCAUUUACUUGUGGAAUAUGGCUUGAAAGCACUCUCUUUGAAAAACUUUGAUCUUGUUUUCCAAGAAGAGGCCAAGAAAAAGAGCUCACGCACAUUCAGCAGCGACAAUGAAGAAUACAACGCUACCAUUAGAAAGUAUUUCACUUUUCCUCAAGCUCCAAGCAUUUUGCUGGCAAAAUCCAUUCUUGAUAUUUGUAAAGACUACAAACUUGCUGGAGAUUCAAUUUUGUCGCUUUGUGACGAAAUUAGCAAAUCUCAACAUCUUUCAAGAACAAAUAGAAUUUCAUUAGUGGGACAGAUCGUUAGAUAUGCCAAAAUAUGUUUUAGCAAAGAUGCAGAAUCUCAUGAAAGAUUAGGUUUAUGUGAUACUAUCCUUUCUCAUGUUGAAAUUUUGAAGCAAAUCAUUUACCAGAACUGCAAUAUUGGAAGCAUCUCUUUGAGUGAUUUGAGUCAGCAAAAUAGAGCUAGACAAAUUCGAGACACUCUUAUUCAACUAGAUCAUUUGAAUCUUGCACUUAAUGUUGCGACUCGAUGUCAAAUUGAAAGUGAUCCAGUUUGGACUCAGUGGGGAAUAACCUUGUUAUCACUUGGCAAGUACAAACAAGCUAGAGAAAAGUUAAAAUAUUGUCAGACGUUAACACCUCAACAAAAGCAACAGUUAUUAAAUAGAAUACUAGCUAUACUCGAAGGUACUCCAUCUGUGGUUGCCAUCGAUCAAAAGAUGAGUGACAAGUUGAAAGAAGCAGCCAUGGAAUCACUGAUGACCUCCAAUUCUCCUUCAAAAAAAAAGAAGAAUGAAGAAUCAACUCAUUUAGAAAAGCAUGAUCCACAAUCCUCCCUUCAUACUCAUCUUGACGAAGAACGAAUGAGAGAAGCUCAAUAUUAUAUCAAACAUUUUGGAUCUAGCGAAGUGUAUCUUUCAUUCCUCGUAAGAAAUGGGAAAGUUGAUGCUGCAGUGAUGUAUUUAUUUAAAAAGCAAAUGCCACAAGCGCUGUUUGUGGAUGUAAUUGUUACCUACUGUGUGAAGCAUGGAUUGAUGCCAUUUUUGCAAAAUGUGAUUCGACACUAUGACAAUACUUUGAAUAAGUGUUAUCCUUAUUUAACUGCUACUUGCAAGUUUUUAAACCAAAAUCAAUCUCUUAACUUGUUGUACGAUUUUCAAGUAUUUAUGGAUGAUAACAUUAGAGCUGGAUUAACGAAAAUUAGACUCUUUUUAAAGAGCGAGGAACAAACCACUCAAUUGGCUCACUUGGAAGGCGCAAAGAAACAUUUCAUUCAAGGUUUACAACAUAUUUCAUCACAUGAUUCGAAUGAUAUUCAACAAAAACAAGUAUUGAAGCCAGACGAAAUUUCCAGAUACAUCAAAACUAUUAAUUUACAAAUGGAAGUCACAAAGAAAUUUGGAAAUAUUGCGAGUCCAACAACGAAUGCCAGAUUAAGUUUAUUCGAUUCGGCUAAAGGAAAGUGUGAAAUUACCGAAUACUUACUGACUCAAUCGUUUGAUCUUUCGUUUAGGAUUGCCUCUGAAUAUCACUUACCGAUUGUAAAAUUAUAUAUUAGAAUUCUUUGUGGACUAGUGAGGAAGAAGCAAAUUCCCGUGAUUGAAAACCUUCUUAAACAAAUAAGAGGAACUCCGAUCAAUGAUGAUGACUGGGACGUCAUCAUUAACAAUAUCAUCAAAUUGUACAUCAAAGAAAUGAACGAUGAAAAGAAUGCUGAGAAAUUCAUUGCUAAAUUGAGAAAUGACUCCAAGAAAGUUAGAGCUUGUCUUCUUUGUAAUAGAUUCAAGGCAGCUUAUUUGAUUGCUGUGAAAUGCAACAAUUUGGAUGAUGUGAAACUCAUCUAUGAUUAUUGCAGUCAGGUUGCUGAUUCAAAAGCGACUUCAACCAUUGCAGAACAUUGCCUGAAAUACCUGAAAGAUCAUGGCAUUGUCAUUACGCCUUCAACACCAACUACAGAGCAAACUAAAAAAUAA